CAAAUCGCAAGAAGAAUAUAAAACAAGCCCGAACUACAUAAACAACAAAACAAGAUGGGUUCACAAGCAUCCAAAGUAACCAGCAAGACCAGCCCAGCGAUGGUGACGAACAACGGAAAGCCGUAUUCCUCGACGGAAGAGAAGAGCCAAGCGCGAGCGGAUGCGGCGUCGACGGCGGCGCUGCUCUCGAGGCUCCAUCUGAGCCAAUCCACCCUCGACCGUCGACAACUCACGAAGAUGAUCGAGCCCAGCUCCCACGAAGGCCAUCCCCCCGCCUCCGAGAUCUCCCUCGACACCUUCGCCCGCUGGCAGAACGCCUUCGAGCGCAACGACAAGGCCCACUUCGCGAGCACCGUCCUCAGCAAACAGAACCUCAAUACCGCCCUCCUCAGUCGCCAGGCUUUGGCUGCCGAUAAACAGGUCUUCUCUCAUACCUUAUCCGUCCAACCAACCCCGGUCACUAAUCAAAAAUCCUCAGGUAGAUGCUGGCUGUUUGCCACCUGUAACGUACUCCGAGUAGGAAUCGUCAAGAAAUUCAACUUGGGUGACUUCGAACUCAGUCAAAGUUACUUAUUCUUCUAUGAUACCUUGGAGAAGGCGAAUUACUACCUAGAGAGCAUGAUCGAAUUAGCGGACGAGCCGAUCGAUGCGCGGAUUGUGUCUCAUUUAUCAUCGAGUCCGGAAGGCGAUGGAGGACAAUGGGACAUGGUGGUCGGCCUGAUCGAGAAGUACGGCGUGGUGCCCAAGGCGAUUUACGACGAGUCCUUUCACUCGUCCAACUCGGGAGGGCUCAAGACUCUCUUGACCUCCAAGCUGCGCGACUUCGCCCUCGAACUCCGCCAGGUCCACGAGGACGCCGUCCACCAUGCCGUCAAUGUCUUGGGCAAAGACUUCCAUGCUGCUAAGGCCCUGGCCGUCUUGGAGGCUCGCAAAGCGAAGGAAACUAUGAUGGCGAAAGUCUAUCAAUGUUUAGCCAUAGCGUUCGGAACUCCACCAUCAGCGACCUCGACGUUUACCUGGGAAUACCUAGAUGUGAAUGGGAAGGCGCAUUCCUUGACGUCGACCCCGUUGGACUUCUACCACAACCAUUGUUCCGGGUUCAAGGCUUCUGAAUACAUCAGUUUGAUCAAUGAUCCCCGACACGAUUAUCUACAAUCGUACACGGUCAACAGGCUAGGAAACGUCUGGGGUGGCCGGGCGGUGCGAUAUGUGAACACGACCAGUGAGACACUCAAGGAAUUAGUGAUCAAGAUGAUCAAGGCCGACCGGCCGGUGUGGUUCGGCUGCGAUGUCGGAAAGAUGUCUACCUCCACUUACGGGAUCAUGGAUACCGAGCUCUUUGAUUACGAAAGCGCGUUCGGGAUCGCUCCGCAUCUGUCGAAGUCAGAGCGAUUACAGACCGGAGACAGUGCGAUGACCCAUGCGAUGGUGAUCACGGCAGUCCAUCUAGACGGCGAAGGCAACCCGGUCCGGUUCAAGGUCGAGAACAGCUGGAGCGACACCGCCGGCGACCAUGGCUACUUCAUGAUGACUAACGCCUGGUUCGACGAAUUCGUCUACCAGAUCGUCAUCCCCAAACUCGUCGUCCCUUCGGAGUUGAAGAAGGUCUAUGAGGAGGCCCAGCCGCUCGUCUUGCCUGCUUGGGAUCCGAUGGGCAGUUUGGCGUAG